AUGUCAAUCUCUCACACAUCUCGUAAGCUCGUUGAUAUCGGAGCAGCUGCUCAAAUUCAAUCGCCACAAAUGAGCUCUGAAGGUUUAUCAUCGCCGCCUCGCUCAAGUCCAGAAAUUGCAUCACCGCCCGUACAGGUUGUCAACGAAUUCUCACCGACUUCCAUUCUUCCAGAAGCAACAACAUCAUCUUCUACUAUCCCUAGCAACUCUACAAAUCCUCCAGAAUCCGGGCCAAUCCCUCCAGAAAAGCCACCACCUCGGCGUAAGCUUGGAAGAAAACCAAAGGAGAUUGUGCCUGGGACAGACGCUCCAAAGCCAAAGCGAGUUCGCAAGCCUAAAGAUCCAAAUGCUCCUCCCCCACAGCGGCGCAAGAAGAACCCCCCUAACACUGAAUUCAUACCCCAUGUUGUCGAUACCAAGCCACCUGCAACUGCUGGGAAAACAUCUUACAUAGUUCCGGAACCCAUACCAUCAACUCAGACAUUCCAUGCUACAGCCCCUAUCGUUCCGACUCAAAAAGAAGAUGUCUCGGGACCCAUUCAAUCUUUCUUUCACUCAGGCGCUCCAACUCAACCAGUCUCUAACCAAGGUUCAGUUACCAUUACCCGGGCUCAACCUGUCCGCACAAGUGGUCAAAACUAUGACCCUAUUCGAUCAUCAAAUUAUGACCCUGUUCGUGAAACUGUCAAUACAGCAUCUAGCAACGAUAACAAUUCUUACGUGAUAAACUCCCACAUAUCCUCUAAUCAACCUCAUCACACCAAUUAUGCAAGUUCUGCACCCUCCAUUUCUAGUCUCGUCGACCCACCUUUACAAUUGCAAACCAUCCCUUCAACAGGGACAAUAUCGUUUUUCAACCAUCAGACGUCGCAACCGCGCACAGGAGAUAGCUCAUUUGCGCCUGUAUCUCCAAAACAAGCGAAGAUAGCUCUUCCUCAAGAUGCAUCUACAAUUAAUCAGCAGCCAUCUGCUAUGCCAACGAAAAAACUUGAUAAUCCGGCACCAACUACAACAACCAUAUCAAUAACUUCUGCCUCCCAUUCUUCCAAGAAAAACACAACCUCUAGUAUCAGUGCAACAGCAUCCCCUAAAUCUGCAAAAAACAAAGACACCAAAGAUACAAAAGAUUCUCAUGACAUUCUGUACCCUGUCCCUCCACCCCUUCCUGGGUCAGGUAAUGACGUGAACGAUGGCACCGAGUAUCGUGCACCAACUGUGAUUCUUAAUAUACCAAUAAAUGGUGAAGUUAACAAAUACGUAAACUUCACGCGCUUGGCAGAGCAACAAUACGGUUGGGAUGCUUUACACCCACGUCUUGCUGCACAGCGCGAUCGAUUAGCCAGAGUAGCAGCUGCUGGGGCAGCCCUUGAACGUAACGGUUCCAACAAGGAUAGUGGUGAUGAGAUGUCACUCGACUCGGAAGCAGAGGGUAGCAACGCUGAGAUGGGUGGUUUGAGUGAUACCCGGCCCUGUCCCGAUGGUGCUCGAAAGGUACCCAAAAAAAGAAAGAUGAGGGAAGACGAAUACGACAAAGAUGAUGAAUUCGUUGAUGAUACUGAACUACUUUGGGAAGAACAAGCUGCUGCCACAAAUGACGGCUUUUUCGUCUACUCAGGCCCUCUCAUUCCUGAGGGCGAAAAGCCAACUUUGGAAUCACGAGCUGAUGGCGCCCCUAAGCGUGGCCGGGGACGAGGUAAUCGUGGUGGCACUACUCGAGGUACUAACACACGCGGAGGUACAGCUGCAUCUAGUGGUACUACGCGAAGUAAUCUCCCGGCUUCUGGCCCAGGCUCGCGUGGUGGAUCAACGGCGCGGAAACCCCGCAUCACAAAAGCUGAUCGGAUCCGGAUGGAGCAAGAAAAACUCGAACGGGAAAAAGCCGGUCAAGUAUCGACUCCUUCGAGCCUCAGUAGUACGGUGCCAUCGAGCGCCUUACCCACGGAGAACAUACCUGUCAUUCCUAGUCAGUGA